AUGCAAUAUGUCAUCCGGGUCGAUCGCUUAGGAGGCAAGGCAGAGAUUCGAGGCCUGGGAGUAGGGGAUGAGAGGAUCGCGCGGGUCGAGAUCACAGCUAGAGACUAUGUCUCGUCAUCUGCGCUGCCGCUACGUAUAAGUACGAACCAGGACGGCACCGAGGACCGAAGCGACUUGCCACAGAAGUUGAAGAGCGUCUUCAUCUCAGAAGAACGUAUAUCUGACCUGGCCAGCCUGCUGAAGGUCAACAUCAUUCAGAAGCUGCUUCCCAGUCUACAGAAGGAGGGAUAUGAGGAAUCGAACAACCCCGAUGACCGUGCUGCCCGCGAAGAUGCAGACCGAGUCGGCCGACAAGGGGGACGGCGGGGGCCCCCGGAGAUCCCUGAAGGAUUGCCUGAUCCCGCGCGGCCGAAUCCGUACCCCUUCAAUGACCCCCUUGCCGAGCCACCGCGCAGACCGAUUCCGGCUGGCGACUUCCCGCCACCAGGCUUCGAGGAUGAAUAUGAAAUAAAUCGACCACCGCGAGGUCCCCUGGCUCCUCCUGGUGGAUUUGGGGGUCGCCAUCCAUUCAAUAUCGGAGACAGUGACCUCAAUCCCCCGGGCCUGGGGCCGCAUGAUCCCCUCCGUGGUGCUUUCAUCCCUGGUGGUGGACUACCACGGCCUGGAGGGGGUGGCAUGCAUCCUACCUUCGAUGACCCCCUGUUCCGCGGUCCGCAUGGACAAGGAGAUGAGGAUUUCAAUCCUCAGGCUCCUCCCGGUGCGAGAUGGGAUCCCCUUGGUCCAGGAGGCGGCGGGCCACGAUUCGGGGGCGGACGUCCAGGGAACUCGUUUGGAGGAAAUGACACAUUUGGUGGCGGCGGAAUUAUCUAG